AUGUUUCAAGGGCAGUGUGGUUGGUUCAGCAGCAGCGUCAGCCGGGACCUGAGGCAGUUCUGGGUGGCCGAAGGGGGGACGAUCAGUGACCCGCGGGCAGCCGACUUCUUGUUCAGCUGUGAUGCCUCGCACCCAGACACGCUGAGAAUAUAUCAGAGCCUUGAUUACAUAGAAGAUAACGCUACAGUUUUUCACGCCUGCUAUCUCUCUGCAGUAGCUAAGGCUGAAAUGAAAAACUCGGUGGCUUUAGGUCAUUUCAUUCUUCCUCCUGCAUGCCUGCAACAAGGUUAGCAAAGAUCAUUCAACCAUUCCCUGUUAGACAGCCCAACUCACUUUUGCUAUCCACAGCAUGAUGAAGUAACACCAAAUGAAAUAAAGAUCCUUAGGGAAAACAGUGAACUAGCAACAGAGCACAAAAAAGAAUUACCCAAAAGUGCCAUGAAGAAAUUCCUUGGGGAACUACGUGACUUCAUUCCUGGAAGCUCAGGAUAUUUAGCAUACCAUGUUCAAAAUGAAAUUAACAUAUCUGCUAUAAAAAACAAAUUGAAGAGGAAAUAUUAAGU